ACCGUAAACGCAAAAACGGAAGUAAGGAACCCUGAACCAAAAAACCAUUCUUCAACUUCAUCUGUCCGCCUCCAUUACUCGCAGAAACACCCAAACACACACAACAGCAGCAGCGAAGAGAGAGAAAAAACCAACAAUGGGGAAGAAGAGAGCGAAGAAGGUGAAGAAAGCAUGGCGUAAUAUCAGCUCCGAAGAAUUCGAGGAUUUCAACGAGAAAACUACUCGUGACGCUAAUUCCGGCGGCUCCCUUGCUUCCGCUCCCAGUGAUUCCCUCUUUGUUCUUGAUAAAUCCACCGAUGUACCGGUGAAGCGUAAAAUUGAGAAGAAGAGGGAGAAAGUACUGCGUUUCGAGAGUAUACUACAGAAGAAUCCAUUUGUUAAACCUGUGGAGUCAUCUACUCUCAAGGAUUCCAAGAAGAAAAAGAAAACAGUUGAUUUGGCUAAGUCUCAGGAUUCUUCCAAAGAUAAAGAUAAAAAAGGCCCCGAAUCUGGCAAAUUCGAUAUAUGGGAUACUCAAAGUACAGUAAAUUUCAAGGGCAAGAAGAAAGGUAAACCUUCACAAAUUCCAGCAAUUGAAGUUGAGCCUCAAGGAUGCUCUUUUAAUCCAGAGGAUGAGAGUCACAAGGACUCCUUGGCACAAGCUGUUGCAGAAGAGAUGAAGAAAAUUUAUAAAAAGGAGCUGGAGCCUGAGCCAAUUCCUUUAACUGUUCCUGGAGAACCAGUCACUGAAGAUGAUAAAUAUUUUCUAGAAGUGGACAAUGAAGAUGAUGAGUUAAUGGACGAGGAAAAUCAAACUGAAGAUGGGAAUAUCGAAGAUGAAAAAAGGAAACGUAAAGAAAAACGGAUUACCACUGUUGAGAAAAACAAAAGAAUUAGACGGAAGGAACAGGAAAAAGCCUCAGCAGAAGCCAAGAAGAUUGAAGAGCUUUCAAAGGAAAUUGACAGCAUACCAGAUUUACUUAAGGAAAUAGCUGAAGAGGACGAAGAAAAGCAAAAGAGACAUCUCCGUCGUAUGGUAGCAAAAGAAGAAAGGCUAAAAUCAGGCCCUCCACGUUUGGGAAAACGAAAGUUUGAGCCUGCCCCGACUCAGGUUCUCCUGACUGAAGAAAUUACUGGAUCCCUCCGCAAGCUGAAGGCUUGUUAUACGUUAGCAAGGGAUAGGUUUAAGAGUCUAGAGAAGAGAGGAAUACUUGUCCCAUCAAUGAAGAGGAGCAGGAAAUAGUCGUUUUGAGAGCUGCUGAUAUCUCAAGAGGGCAAGGCUUGUUUACAAAAUCCUACACAAAUUUUGAUCUGUCUAUUUUGUAGUGAAUGGGAUUUCUCCGUUUUUUCCAGUUUUUUGCUUUUAGUUCUUUGUUGAGAGGUUUUGCUAGCCAAAUCUGUAGGUAGUAAGGAAGAUAUGGUCCUCCCCAAAACAAAUGGGAGUGAAUACUGUAAUUCCAAUUCAUGGAUCAUGAUAUUAUUACUAAUUUACUGUAUGUUAUAGAAGGCCUAGUUAUGAUA